AUGAACUCGAGAAACCAGUUUAUCAAGAAAGAAACAAACGGCAUUCCUGACCCCUGCUAUAAUUACACUGUGCUAAACGAUGAAUGGAGAUCCACCAGCAAUCAAUUACAAUUAUCUUUUUUCAAUGAAGUUACCUCUAAAGUAUUGUGUGACAGAUAUGUCAUCUGGAGCGGCUGGUACCGUCUCUUCAUUCAGGGUCAGAGCGUUCAGAUGCCAGACACAUGUGUUGAUGAGCGAAGCUGUGGCACUCACGCUCCACUGUGGCUGAACGGAGGACAUCCAACUGUUGAGGAUGGGGUGGUCACUCGACCUGUCUGCGGAAACUGGUUGAAUAACUGCUGCUAUUUCCAAUCCAGUCCCAUUAAAGUGAAAGCCUGUCCUGGCAAUUUCUAUGUAUAUGAGUUGGUGCAGCCAAUUGGCUGCUAUUUGACAUAUUGUGCAGAUGUUAGGAAUAGUAGCAUAAAUAAUGCUACUUUCACUCCAAACACAACUUUGGCAGCACCAGGAAUAUUCUACCCAUUCGGCUCAUCAUCAGGAGACACAAUAAACCCUGCUGAUGAUGAUGGAAGCUCCUCAGUUAUUCCACUGUUGAGUCCAUUUCUGUUCUUUGGCCGCACAUACCAGCAGAUUUAUGUUAAUAAUAAUGGACACCUCACAUUUAACCAGCCUUCACGCCAAUAUGAUCCCUACUCCUUUCCUAACAAUGGCGGCCAAGAUAUAAUCGCUGGUCUCUGGACCGACCUUGACAACCGUGUGAGAGGUGUGGUUUCAUAUCAUCAGUACGCUAAUGGAAGUGUUCUCACACGGGCCACUCAGGAUAUAAACAAUCAUUUCCCAAAUCUGGCCUUCAGCGCUUCUUGGGUCUUUGUUGCAACGUGGAAUAAAGUCCCUUACUAUCCCAUCGCUACCACAGAAACAUCGUUUCAAGUGGUUUUAAUUUCAGGCACACAUUUUUCAUUUAUUCUGAUGAAUUAUGGUGACAUUGCUGAAACAGGACUUCCAGUGGAGGCUGGUUAUGACGGCGUAAACACUGACUACUUUGUGAUUCCUGGAUCAAUCAAUGGGAGCUUGAUCUCAAACCUCAGGAACUCCAGUAAUGUCAAUGUUCCCGGUCGGUGGGCCUUCAGGGUGGACAGUGGAGGACACAACACCUCUAAAAACAACGUCAUUGGACUUCAAAUGAAACUUUCCUCAUUUUUAGAUCUAACACAGAGUGGAAACAUUGAGAUUGUUUUACAACAAAUAAAACAGGUGCUGGUUAAUAACAAUCUGCCAAGCAACAUAGAACUGAAGUUAAGAAAAGUGCAAAAGACAACGUCUCCUUACUUCUGAACAAGAAAUAAAACUGCCCGAUUUGCUAGUCUUAUAGCAAAUAUCCUAUUGAUCAUGCGAAGACUGUAAAGACCCUAGUUUUACAUCGAUGUGGUUUCAUUAAAAAUGGGCACAAAACUACAUAAAAACUUUAUAAUAGAGAUCCAUAUAUCUUUUUUUUUUUAUUUAUUAUAUAUUUUUUUUUCAAUUUUACAAUCACUUCCUUAAAUCUUUCGCACUAGAUUUAUUUGCACAUUUAUGAGAUUUCUUCAAUGUGACCAACAUUUGUAAGCAAAUCGUUUUGGUGGUUGUUAUUGUGAAAUGUUUUCAAUGAAUCGAUGAUGCCGUUUACAGAACUGGUCUGAAUGAUUAAUUAAUGACUCGGACUGAUCCAAUCCAUAAGUUCAGUUCAGUGAUCCGGUCUCUAGAGUGGAAGAAUGAAUAACGACAUAAAUUUUAAUUAUUUUUUUUUCCUCACAAUGCUAUGUAUGACUUUAAAAAUUUUUAAAAAUAGUGCAUGGGUUGUAUAGAUAACAUCAUACAGGACAUUGAAUGGUGUUUUUGUCUCUAUUUUAAUACUUGAAAUCCUAAUUUUAUGGAAAAGUACAACCAUUGCAGUUAUUUU